AUGUGGCUCAUACCACACUCAUCGAGGGCACGAUUGCGGUCGACAACGUUUGCAACCAGCUGGAUGUCUCCCUUGCAGCUCUUAUCCACGCUACUCACCAUCUUGCUUGCAUGUCUUCCCAAGACCGAAGCUGCGAAAGGAGGCAUCGGCGGCGUCCAGAUGCUCUACACAUCAUCAGCGGUCUACUGUAGUCCACCAGAAGCCAUUCUCAUUUCGGCACUCGAUCUCAAGUUCUACCGCGAGAACCGCACUCUCGAGUUCGACAUUUCCGCUGCUUCGGUCACAGACGAUCUCAGAGUUUCGGUCUCUGUCGACGUCAAUGCGUAUGGACUGGGUCUCUUCUCGCUCGCUAUCGAUCUCUGCGGCGCCCUCGACGUCCUCUGUCCCCUUCCUAACUACCAAUUCAAAGGAAAAGGUGUCUUUGCAGUCCCCGAACAAUUCGUCGAAAAGAUCCCUACCAUCGCAUUCACCGUACCCAACCUCGAAGCUGUCGCUACCGUUGAGCUCACCGACUCCAGCAACACUGUCGUCGGCUGCGUACAAGCCACCCUUUCCAACGGCAAGACCACGUAUCAGCCAGCCGCCAAGUAUGCUGUUCUCGGCGUCUUGUUGCUUGCCGUCGUGAGUUCGGUGCUACACACGUCCCUCGCCUCGAGCCUCGGUGCCGCGCAAUGGCGUGUAGUAGAUGUCUUUACCACCAUUCAGCAUGUUGCCAUGUCCGCACUCCUCAGUCUCAAUUAUCCACAGGUCUUUACCCAGUUCGCCCGCAACUUUGCAUGGUCCAUCGGUCUCAUCGACAUCCCCACCAUCCAGGACUCGAUCGUUUCCACUCGUCUUGAGACCGGAGGCAACAAGGACGGCAUCUUCGGCACACUUCUGCGUGCAGAGAGCGGCAAACAGUACAAUCCAUUCACCAGCGCCGGUGUCGCAUCAGGUGCUACCUCCUCGUACACCUCCUCGAGGCCCUUUACUUUCCUCAGCUUACCUGCAGGCGCAUCGAGCCUCAGCGCAGAUGCUCCACAGGUCAACUCAAGCACCGCCUAUGCUGCCUAUAGUCGACUAAGCCAACCCUUGAGCUUCCACAUGACUAACCUCGGCAAGCGACAGAUCUACGCCCCAUACACUGGCGCUGGUGGUCAGAUCGAGCAGAACAUCGGCACCGAUUACCUUCCCCUCAUCUCAUCAAGCACCUUUCCACCCACCGGCAUCGGACUGUUUGCACAACUCAACAACAUCUCUCCAGCGAGCGCUUUCCUCACGGUGCUGGUGAGCUUGGCCAUGCUCUUUGCUGUGCUCAUCGGCAUUUGCCUAGUCAUGUUCCUCUUUGCAGCAGUGCUGCGAUUGGCCACACGUCGACGCCAUGGCCGUGUCGCCGCUUGGUCCUCGCGUUUGACCGGUCGCUCCUUCUUUGGCAUGUUCUGCCGACCUCUGUUUGGUCGCUUCAUCAUGGCGACAUUCCAGGUCUACCUCGUCUUUGCAUUCUGGCAAUGGCUUCGUGGAGAUUCGUGGGUUCCCGAUUUGCUCGCUGCUGUUCUCUUGGUCGUGUACCUGGCCGGCAUUGCUGUGAUCUAUGCGCCGGUCUUUCUGACCGUACGACGAGGAGGUAAGGAGGAGCUCUUCUACGGCAAGACACCUCCCGCCAACGCAGGCUCGACAUCGAGGAAGUGGGGUGCCAUUGCCCACCCGUUCAGACCCAAGUUCUUCUGGUUUGGCCUGGUGUUCUUGCUAGUGUAUUUCAUUCGUGCUUGCUUCAUCAGCUUUGCUCAGGGAUACGGACACGGUCUUCGUCAAUCGAUCGGGCUCGCCGCUACCGAUCUGCUUUUCUUUUUGUUGCUCUGCAUCUGCCGUCCCGGACGUGACAAGACGAGCGACUUUGUCAUGAUCUUGCUCAUGGUGUUCCGCGUCAUCUCGUGGGGUAUCUGUAUCGCUUUGACGCCGCUGGCAGACAUUCAGACCAUUCCACGCGUCGUGCUUGGCUUUGCUUUGAUCGUCGUCACGGGCAUUCCCAUCAUCUUCCUGUUCUUGCUUACCGUCUGGGAUCUUUUUUCGCCCUUCAUUCGAAGGCGUCAGUGGAGUGCGACGCGCAUUGGCGAUGCAGAAAUCAAUGAGAAGCCUGGAUAUGCUUUUGGUGCGAUUGGUGCCGAUGGCGAGGGUGCUGAUGCAGCUGCUUCGAAUGGGCAGGCGUAUGCAGCAAGCUCCCCAAGCGGGCGCGGAUCAGAGCCUUCCUCGGGCGCAUCCUCCGAGCAAGCACCCGCCGACUCUCACCUUAGUCCGAACCAAGCAGCCGUUCCAACGCAAAAGAGCUCGCUAUCUCGCGAUGCCAGUCCGGCCACGACAACAGCUUCCAACACGACAGGGGUUCCAGUAGAGCAUGCACCAGUCGCGAGCCGAGUCAACCAGCAGCAUCUGUCGCGUCCAGUGCCUUCGCACAACGGCUCCGCCGUGUCCGGCAUCUCAGGACAGACCGUAUACCACGACGCAAACGCUGAACCAACCUAG